AUGAGAAAAGUAUUGUUAGGCGUUCUGAGUAUUGUCGGAAUCGCUUAGGCAGCGUCCUAUGAGAGUAUUGCAAGGCCUGAUAGCCUUAGAUGUAGCACAUGCAAAACCGUUGUUCAAGCUGCAAAUGAUCAUAUCAAAGAUGAGGGUGUUCUAAAAGCCAUAGACAUGUUUUUUUAAGCAUUAAAUGCUCAAAGUUAGACUCCCUACACGUUUGCUGAUUCGCUCUCAUAGCUUAUUCUAACUCCAGACUACUUCUGCGGGAAGAUAGUCAAGCUUUGUGAAAAUGGGCCUGAGUAUAAGGAAAUCGAUUCAACAGAUGCAAUCAGAAAAAUAUUAAAAAACAAGCAACCCCAUAUGUAAAAUAAUGACUACAUCGAUACCAUUUAUAAAUAAAUAGGGGAGGACCCAAAACCCAGAAAAACCUUGAAAUUUGUUCAAAUUGCUGAUCCUCAUGUAGAUUUCUGGUAUUAGGAAGAUGUCUUUGCUGACUGUGGAUAUGGCUACUGCUGUAGAUAAUAAACAUAAACAGGAAAAGGAUCUAUAUUGACUGGAAAGUUCGGAACUCUAAAUGUUGGAUGCGAUCCCCCAAGAGCUACAUUUGAAGAAGCCCUUAAGUUCAUUAAAGAAGAAAUCAAGCCAGAUGUUUUGCUUUGGACUGGAGAUAACUCUCCUCAUGAUGGGCCAAUGUCAUCAGAGGAAAGGAUUACCUACACUCUGAACUAAACAUCUCAAAUGAUCGAUAAUGCCUUCUCACCAGAUAAUGUUGAAAUAUUUGCUACCUAUGGAAAUCAUGAUGCAUUCCCUGCAAAUUAGUGGAACUUCAAAACUGGCAACAAAGCUAUCCAGGAUGGGAUUGAUACUUACUUCAAGUGGAUGAAUAAAGACUAAAGAGAGAGAUUUUUCAAGACUGGCUACUAUAGCUAAAAUGUUGAAGCCAUCAAGGAUAGAGAAGUUAGAGUUAUCAGUAUUAAUACUGGUUCGUGCGAUAUCAUCAAUAAGUAUCUGUUUUCAGUACUUUCUGAUCCCAACGAUUAACUCUAGUUCUUAGUAAGUGAACUUGAGCAUUUAGAAAAAGUUAAUGGGUAUGCCAUUUUGAUUCAGCACAUCAAUCCAUCAUAAUGCUCAAUACCUUAUGCUAUUAGAUAUUAGGCUAUUCUUGAUAGAUACCAACAUGUUAUUAGAAUGAAUAUUUUCGGCCAUCUUCACUCAGAUAGAAUUGAGCUUUCAAAAGCUUAUGAUGGAUAAUAAUCAGCUAUCGGUGUUAUGCAUUUCUGUGGCGGUAUGACAACCUGGAGUUAAGGAAGUCCUUCAGUCUGUGUUUAUGAGGUUGAUGAAGAGACUAUGCUUCCAGUUAAUAGAUAUACCUAUUCCUUUGAUAUGCAAAAAGCCAAUAAAGAAGGUAAAAUUUCUUGGAACUUGAGAACUAAUUGGAUUAAGGAUUUAAAAAUGAAAGAUUUAUCACCUUCAUCAGUCUCAGAAUUCGCUUUAAGGUUAACUUAAGAUAAGAAGCUCGUAUAAGAUUACAAUAAGAGACAAUACAGAUAUUAUGAAGGCACUUUUUAGCUGUCAGAGUGUGAUUUAUAUUGUUAGAGAGAUAUCUAUUGUUUUAUCGUCACAUAAAACUUAUAAGAGUAAUCACAUUGCCUGGGAAAGGAAACUGUAUUUGAUCUCAAGAAUGAUUUUUUGAACUCAUUGAUCCAAAUUAUCUAAGAUCCUUGGGUCGAGAUUAUUAAGCCUAAGAAAAUGAUUAAGAAAAAUAAAGGCAACUUUUUUGGAUUAGAGGGAAAUUGA